AUGGCCGCGACUCCCUCUCACAAUAAUCGACUGACGCUUACGCCGUCCAAUUCCCCCUUUCUCCCCCGCCCGGCCAAGAGUCAUCUGCGCGGCCGCUCUCUGCCGGAGUCGAGGCUCUCUCUCAAGCGAGUUGCCGGCACCACAUGCCGCUCACCGACGGGCUUCGACACCGUCAACUCCCUCUUUGCCUACCUUGCCGGCGGCGCCGUCGUCGUUGUCGAUGCGCAGGGCCAACACUUCUCACAGCGCUUCUAUCGAGCUCGGCCCUCGGCUGUGCCCGUAUACUCGGCGGCAUCGUCCCAGAAUCCGUCUUCGACGCCCACCGCGACGACGCCCAAGGCCAACGACAGUCGAAACCGCGUGGCCCCCAACCACAGGGAAUCUCAAUGCAGCCCUGCCGACUGGGCCGAUUCCCCGGGGUCGAGGACCUGGACCAGCAGAGAGCGCAUCAAGGCCGCCACCUGCCUUGCUCUCAGCCGAGACGGCAAGUAUCUGGCCGUCGGCGAGACUGGCUAUGCUCCCCGAGUCUUGAUUUUCAGUCUCCAGGAUGCCUCGUCAGACACCCCGCUAGUGUCCAUCAGUGAGCACGCCUUUGGCGUCAAUGCUGUCGCCUGGUCGGCCGACUCCAAGUAUCUCGCCUCUCUCGGUGCCGCCAACGACGGCUUCCUCUACAUAUGGAAGAUUGACCCUCGCACUGGCGCAGCCAAGCUCUUCCAGCAGAACAAAUGCACCUCUUACAUCAGGGACAUGGUGUGGAUGGGCAACAGCCUCGUCACCCUAGGCUUGCGCCAUGUCAAGGUCUGGAAGAUUGAGGAUGGCCCGACCAUCUCGCCGACCAAGCAAAAGUUCUCGAAUGAGCCGCCUCCCAACACCCCAACGGCGCAAAGACCCCUGCCGGGCCGCAACAUGCUCCUCGGCGAUUUGCUCGAGGCCACCUUCAGCUGCGCGGCCGUCGACGGCAACAAGCUCAUUGUGUGCACCGAGACAGGGGACGUCUGCAUCUUGCACAAUGACGAUGGGCAGAUGAAGCUCGUCAAGGUCCUGAGCCUGGACUUUUCGGUCAGCACCAUCAACAUUCGCGGCAAUGUUGCCUACAUUGGAGGGAGAGAUGGCCAUUUCGCGACUCUUGACGUGGCAGGAGUCAUGGACGGCCGCGCAGAGAGCAUCUUGUCCGUCGCGGAAGCGUCUUCAGGCAUCGUGGCACUGGGGUUUCUUCCCGACAUGCUCGUGACGAUUGACUCGAAGCAAUCGAUUGACCUUUGGACUGCCGACUAUGUUCCCGGGCAGCAAGCCGAGGCAGUCGCGCAUAUUCCGAUGCCGGGACACGGACAACCAAUCGCAGGCGUCCAGGCUCUUCGAAAGCCGAACAAGGCCAAUGCUGCCUUCGCGACGUGGUCAUACUCGGGCAACUUUACGUUUUGGGACCUCGACGGCCAGAUCAAGUCGACCCUCGAGGUUCCCAUGGACGCAGCCGAGCUGGACGGCGAGUUGGAAUUCGUGAACAAGCUGACAUGCGCCCAGACCACCGGCAAUGGAAAGCUGCUGGUUACCGCAGAUCGCCUGGGCAUCCUAAAGGUCACUGAUGCUGAUUCGAAAGAGUGUAUUUUGGAUACCAAAGCGCAUUCCUCAGACUGCAAGUGCAUCUGCAUCUUUGACGAGGACUCGAAAUUCAUCAUGGCAUGUUGCGGCAGAGACCGCACGACCCAGCUCUUCCAUCGCCAUUCCAACGGCAACAUUGAGCACUUCCAAACUCUCGAGUUUUCGGCCAAGGUUGUCCAGGUCCUCGUACCGACGGAAGACAAGGUCAUUACCUGCUCGCUGGAUCGAACACUGCAGGUCCACGACCUGGUCUCCAAGGAAGGCGACCCGGACGUUCGCGCGGCCAUUUUGUCCAGGGUCAUAUCUCUCCGGGCCUCUCCAACCUCCAUGGCCAUGAGCCAGGACAACAAGACCAUCUUCGUUUCCCUCCUCGACCGAUCUAUUUGCCAAUUCGACGUCUCGACAGGGCGGCAACUCUCGUGCUUCAAAUGCAUAGAUGAAGGUGGCGUCGAGUCGACCGUCCUCGAGUCCCUGUCCGUCGGGCAGUGGGCACCCAAGGACAUGGAGUUCCUGCUUGGGUCGUCAAACACGGAUAAAUCUGUACGAAUUUAUGAUGCCAGCUCUGGUGCGUUUCUCGAUCGGGAGUGGGGACAUACGGAGGCCAUCAACGGGGUGUGCCUGGUUGACGAUGAUGAUGGGACGAGGAAGAUUGUGAGCGUUGGGUCGGACGGGACAAUAAUGAUCUGGGCGCUUGAUUCUAGCGACCUCUCGUCGAGACUGACUAGCAGGGAUCCAUCACCAAUCAAGGAGGCCAACUCGACUCGGCCGACGCUCAGGAAAGUGCUCUCGAAAGUAGAGCUUGCCGAAUUUCAGCGACCACCUAGCUCGGGAGGCCGUCGAUCGCCUUCACGAUCACUGCAGCGCCGGUCAUCUCGACUUAAUCUGGGCGCAAACCCGACAAGCAUACGGACACCAACUUCAACACUGCAAUCCAGCCCAUGCAACAGUACGAUUAUGGAGGACACGCCAUCACGCCGGCGUCCAUCGACCGGAAACCAGCCCGAUAGCCCUCCACCCAGCCCCAAGUCGGAAAGGUCUAGAACCCACUCGCUUUCAGCCGCGGGCAAAGGCGCUCGGAAGAAGACGUCCUCGACAUCACUUCACGGCUUCGGCUCAUUGAACACGGCAACGGAGCAGACGUGCCGUGCUCUGAGAACCUACAGAAAGAAGCUGUCGUCGUCGGAGCCAAUUACCGCCGACGUGCUGACCGACUUGGACCACGAGCUGCGACUCACGGCCACGGCGCUCGGCGACCGGGCAAUUCGAAGCAAAGCCAUCAACGAGACGGUCUUGAGUGGGCUUCUGGAUGAAUACUCGGAGAGACUGGUUACACUGCUCGAUGAGAAGCUGCAACUCUCUCAUCGUGCGAAGGAGAGGGGGGAUGAGGACAUGGAAGAAGACCGCCGCCGCAGCUCGACGGGCAGCUCGACGUCAUCGUCGUCAUCUUCGCCGUGA